CCAAUUAAUCUCAUAUCCCCCUCCUUUCUAAUUGUGAAAAUGUCUAAACUUAUCUUUCGAGAGUAUAUUGGUGUGAAGCCAUCCUUAUUAACUGAUUUUCCAAUUGAAAUCAUCAACACCAAAAGCUUUGAUUUCCACUAUAUUUUGGGCUUUGCAAGUGAGGGGUAUGACAAAAAUGGAAAAGGCGACGGAAUUUUCAGAGAAACAUGGAAUGUGAAUUACUUCGGUCCAGAAAAAGUGAAUAAUUUGAAGAAAAGGUAUCCAAACGUAAAGGUGGUAAUAAGCAUUGGAGGUCGUGAUGCUGAAACUCCUUUCGAUCCUGUUGAUGAAACUGUAUGGAUUAAAGAGGCUGUAAAAUCACUCAAAGUGCUCAUCGGUAAAUACAACAGUGAAAGCGGCAACACAAUUGAUGGCAUUGAUAUUAAUUAUGAAACUAUCAAAACUAGUCCUGAUAGAUAUGAUGAUCUAUUUGUUAAGUGCAUAGGCAAAAUUAUAACAGAACUCAAGAAUGAUCGUGACUUAAAGAUUACUGUGGUGUCCAUUGCUACAUCUGAGAUUAAUGAUUCUCACUACCGCAAUUUGUAUUAUGCAUACAAGGGCAUUAUCAAUUGGGUUGACUACCAAUUCUACAAUCAAAAAAAUACUAUAUCCACAGUUGAGGAGUUUGUAGUGAUCUAUGACAAUCUAAUAAAAGACUACCCUCCUCAAAAAGUCCUUCCCGGAUUUAGCACCGACCCAAAUGACACUAAGAAUAAUAAGAUAUCACGAGAGAUUUUUAUUGCUGGCUGCAUACAACUCAAGAAACACUCAAAAUUUCAAGGGGUUUUUCUCUGGAACGCUAAUGACUCUGCAACUCUCUCUCAGGGUGAGCGCGAACCCUAUAUUGUAGAGCAUAUCUUGCAAGACGUCCUCACCAAAUCAGAUGAUGAGUUACUCGCUAUACAUAGCCAGUAAUUAAUCUUUCACAAAAUGGGUCAAGCAUCACAUACUAUAAUAUAGGUCUAGAUCCUAUGUUGCAAGCACUAUAUGCUUUACUCUUUAAUAUAAGUGUUAAAUAAGACCUAUGUGUGUCACUUAUUGGAUGUGUGUUUAAGUAUUACGUUGUAAGUUUGGAGAAUUACUUUCUCAUGUUUUAAUAUAUGUGCUUGUAAUUGUUUGUCAUGGAUUCAAGUGCAAUCUAGGGGAGA